GUCUGCUAUCUAGUGGAAACCCUCUUGAACGCGACUCUAUCGAAGUCGCAUCUAAAUUACGUACAUUUAAGGCGUCCGAGCUGUCAUUCUUUUGUGUUUAUCUAUCAACUAGCUACGACGUUUUAGAAAUGUAUUUUUCUUCGUUCUGUUAGCUAAUUGGAUAAACUGUAUGUAGUGAUUCUAUAAAUAUGGACUGGUGGACUAGCUUUAAUAUCGAUUGACUGUGUGUACAUACAAAAAUGAACAAAGGGUGGCUGGAGCUCGAGAGUGACCCCGGGCUUUUCACGCUCUUGGUGGAGGAUUUUGGUGUGAAGGGGGUCCAGGUAGAGGAGAUAUACGACCUACAAAGCAAGUGUCCAAGCCCUGUGUAUGGCUUCAUCUUCCUGUUCAAGUGGAUCGAGGAACGAAGGUCUAGGAGGAAAGUCUCCACCUUGGUGGAUGAGACCUCUGUCAUUGAUGAUGACAUUGUUAAUGACAUGUUCUUUGCCCACCAGCUGAUCCCAAACUCCUGCGCCACCCAUGCACUUCUGAGCGUGCUCCUGAACUGUAGUGGAGUUGAGUUGGGCACUACCCUCAGUCGCAUGAAGACCUUCACUAAAGGCUUCGGCCCAGAGAGUAAAGGCUACGCCAUUGGAAAUGCCCCAGAGUUGGCUAAAGCACACAACAGCCAUGCUAGACCGGAGCCCAGGCACCUGCCGGAGAAGCAGAACGGGAUUAGCGCUGUGCGAACCAUGGAAGCAUUCCACUUUGUCAGCUAUGUGCCCAUCAAAGACCGCUUGUUUGAGCUAGACGGCCUCAAGGCGUACCCCAUUGACCACGGGCCAUGGGGAGAGGAGGAGGAGUGGACGGAUAAGGCACGGCGGGUCAUUAUGGAGAGGAUUGGCUUGGCCACGGCUGGAGAGCCCUACCAUGAUAUCCGCUUCAACCUGAUGGCAGUGGUUCCGGACCGCAGGGUGAAGUAUGAGUCAAAACUGGAGAUCCUGAAGAGGAACAGGCAGAUGGUACUGGAGGGGCUACAGCAGCUGAUCCGGGUCACCCAGCCAGAGCUUGUACAGGACAGGAAGCAGCCAGACUCCUCCCCCUCAGACGACACACCCCCUACUAUCAAAAAAGAAGAGGCAGACCCUCAACCUGUUACAUCACAGGGGGCUGAGCAGACUCCUACCACAGACACAGCAGCUCAGUCCCAAUUGGUCCCGAGCCCCUCAGGCAAGGGGAAAGCCAUGGGGAAACCAGCUGCCCCAUUGGGGGGAGCGGGGACCUCCCAGCCUGUCACCAGCCCCAUCGUCCCUCGCCUACCAGCCUUCUUGGACAACCACAACUACGCCAAGUCCCCCAUGCAGGAGGUUGAGGACCUUGCGACAGGGGUGGGUCGUCCCCGGGUGCCCGGUGCGCCCCAGCCCCCCUACUCUGAUGACGAUGACUAUGAGGACGAAGAGGAGGAAGAGAUUGGCACACCAACCAGGUUCAGGCGUAAAGGGGUGCUGCGUUCCCGUACAGGCCGUGUCGGGGGAGGCAGCGGCGUAGAGACCAAGCUGGCACUCGGCGACCUGGCCGAGAAACUCAAGAAGGAAGUCCAGAGGAAAGACUCUCUGGCCACGCCCCUCUCCGUCCGUACCGAGGGCCGCACUGGGGGCAUCGUGAUCACGGCUGCCUCCCAGCCCUCGCCCACACCCAGCAACGAGAGCACCGACACCGCCUCGGAGAUCGGCAGCGCCUUCAACUCACCACUGCGCUCCCCGGCCCGCUCCCAGGCGGCCACGCGGCCCUCCAGCCCUGUGGCAUCUCACCUGUCCCGGGUGUUGUUUGGGGAGGAUGAGGGUCUGCUGAGGCUGGAUGCCAGACAGAACCGGGCUGUCAGAGAGCUGGGGCCCUCCGUCAGCACCGCCCUGCUGCACCUACAGGAGGACGGGGUUAUAUACACUGUACCUCCAUCCGCUGAUACAGCUCUUGAAGAGAAGAAGGCAGACGCUCCAGAGCCGGUAAAAGAGCAAGGUAGCAAUCCAGCAGUAGAGGGGGACGGAGUGAAGGAGGAGGGGAAGGAGGGACCAUCGGUGGAGGUGAAAGAGGAAGAGAUCAGAGAUGCAACAGAGGUCAAACCCAGCAUGGAAAAGGUCAUCUCCACGGAAACCGUUGGAAGCAACAAGCCAUCUGGUGAAAAAUACUCUCCUAAAGAGCUGCUUGCUCUGCUCAAGUGUGUGGAGGCUGACAUCGCCAACUAUGAAGUGUUUCUAAAGGAGGAGGUGGAGAAGAGGAAAAAAUACAAGAUUGAUGACCAGAGGAGGACCCAUAAUUAUGACGAGUUCAUCUGCACCUUCAUAUCCAUGCUGGCACAAGAAGCUUUCUGUCUGCAGGCAUGUUGGCCAGUCUGGUUGAGCAGAAUAUCUCUGUGCGUCGUCGCCAGGGAGUGAGCAUCGGCCGUUUACACAAACAGAGGAAACCAGAUCGCAGGAAACGCUCGCGACCCUACAAGGCCAAGCGCCAGUGACCGCAGGAAGUGCUAGCUUGGGGUCCCUCUGCACCAAUCAUGGCAGAGAAAAGGCAAAAACUCUUGUUGCACUCAUGACACUGUCCUGUGACUUCAGGGAGAAAAUUACUCAUUCAUGUUGUAUUUUAGUGCCAUUUUUUUUUUUCAUCCAAUGGACCAUCUGUUGAUUAGCUGAACCAAAUGAUGUAACGUUAUGCUUUCCUGUAAUAUUUUUUUUAUGCAUGUUAAAGUCCCAAAUGGCACCUUAUUCCUAUAUAAUGCACUACCCUAUGGGCCAUGGUCAAAAUAGUGCACCAUAUAGGGUGACAUUUGGGAUGAACACCUAGUCUCCAUGUUAAAAGGACCUUUGUCUGUGCCAUCACACUGUGUACUGGGUUGUGUUCAUUAGGGCAGAAAAUGUUUUGCAAUAGGAAAAUAAGCAUUUGCAAUUCCGGAUAGUCAUUCCAUUGGGGACCUAAUGAACACACCCCAGGCGUGACUCAACUGACUGUGGGACACAGGAAGCUGCUUGGAAGUCUGGGAGUUAGUCUGAUCAUGUGACGUGAUAUAAUCCUCAUUCCUGGCAAGCAGGGCUGGUUCACCACUAUUUGCUUGCUUGUAUCAUGCUUUGGCAGUACUGUAUGGUUGUAUCCCAGAUGGCACCAUAUUUCCUAUAAAGUGCACUACUUUUAGGGACCAAGGGCUCUGUUCAAAGUAGUGCACUAGGGAAUGGGGUGCCAUUUGGGACAGUCUAAAUCUUUUUGGAGGUCCUAUAACUGUAUAGAUGAGAUCUACUCCUUUAAUGUUUUAUCUGUAAAUCUCUCAAUUGAGAUUCUGAUCAUCGGAGAGCAUUGUCAGUGUGUUUUUGUACAUAAAGUAUGUAUCCGUCUGCUCAGCAUCAGUGGUAACAGAAGUGUUUUUAUUUUUUAAUUUGUUAUCCUAGUCACAUGAAUAACUACAAUAAACUCAAAAGCACUAUGGACCUCA